CCGGAAUCUGCCACUGUUGAAUACAAGGCCCUGGCUAACCAGCAAGAUCAAGACUCCUCCUCGUCGCUGCAGCCCACGGUGAUAAGGCCUUUUCUCCUUUCGUAAGGUGAAUUAUCGAUGCUGAUGUCAAUUUUGAGCUUGUAUUGACAAUUCUACGUGGGCAGUAUGAAGAUCAACAUUGCCAACCCCGCCACUGGGGCUCAAAAGACCAUUAAUAUCGAUGAAGAGAGAAGAUACCGUAUCUUCUUCGACAAGAAGAUCUCGCAAGAGGUCGAGGCGGACAUCCUUGGAGACGAAUGGAAGGGUUACAUUUUCCGUAUCACUGGUGGUAACGACAAGCAGGGUUUCCCCAUGAUGCAGGGUGUCCUGCUCCCCUCUCGUAUCAGACUGCUUUUGACCGAUAACCACACUUGCUACCGUGCAAGCCGCUCAGGCGAGAGGAAGCGCAAGUCCGUCCGUGGUUGCAUCGUUGGCCCUGACAUUGCCGUCCUCUCCGUCGUUAUCGUUAAACAGGGCGACAAUGAUGUCCCUGGGCUCACCGACACCAUCAGAAGGUUCUUCAACUUGUCGAAGGAGGAUGAUGUCAGGAAGUACGUUGUAAGGCGUGAGGUGAAGAGUUCGAAGAAGGAGAACGCCAAACCUUACACCAAAGCACCCAAAAUCCAAAGAUUGGUCACUCCCAUCCGUCUGCAACGCGCCCGUCACCUCCGUUCUCUUAACCGUCGCCGGAUCGACCGCCAGAAAGAGCAGAAGGCAGAAUACGAUGCCCUCAUGCAAAAGCGUGUUGCUGAGAAGAAGGCCAAGGUUGCAGCCAUCAAAGCCUCGCACACCAAGACUGCCUAAAAUAAUCCCCGUACAUCAUCCACACUUCAUGUCAUGCUUCUUAUGGUACCUCAUGUCACACCAUGCUUUGACGCUAUACUACCUGCAUUAAAGCCCAUCGCAUCGCUGAUAUGUCAGUAUCAAGUGAAUAUGACGUACCCCAAGGUUUGGGUUACUCUUGAAGCCCCGUGUUUUCUCAAGCUGGAUCGCUGAGCUUGUCAUUGCGUGUUUGAUUGUCGUGUCAAUUAAAUUUCAGAUUAGGCUACUUCACUAGAUCGACUCUUGCCAAUAAAAUGGGUCUGAUGUCUACGCUCGCCCUGCCUCCUUGUUCCCU